AUGAGGGUGGUUUCCCGGCACACUCACUACUAUCAAAUCCUUGACCCGAUCGCUCCCGAAUGGCACACUUCCUGGCCCCAGCUCAUUCGAGACGUGCCCAGAAUCGUCGAGGCUGUGCGCGUUGAAAUAACGGGUCCAUCCCACGACGACGAAAUAAUCACGCCGAUACUUGCGGAUACCGAACAUGGAAUCUAUCUGAAUGGUGUGCGAGGCAACAGCGGCGAGUCCCUGGAGAAAAAGGGGACUUUUAACAUUAUCAAAACGGGUCGCAAGCCUUACGAUGUCGUGGUCACCUGCAUCCUGCUUCGUGCUUACAACUUAGCACCAAACGUAUUCAAUUUGAGACUCUGGGACGAAUGGAUCAAGGGAAGAGAGAUUUACGAGCGUCUCUGGCCCAAUGAAGCGAUCCAACGCCUAUCGGGGGGGAGCUCCGGGGAGGUGAAAGAUCAGUUUACGUGGUCAUCAAAGCAAUUAUCAACAAAAGGCAAGGUGUUUGUUUUCAAUUGUCAGAUCUCUGGUCACUAG